AUGGACUCAAACGUGACGGUAUUCAAUGAAAUCAAGUCAUCAGAAAUCAAAUUAGCAGAGGUUGUCGGGAAGGGUACGUUUGGAGUGGUUAGACGCGGCAUUUGGAAGGGACAGGAGGUGGCCGUCAAAAUCAUAGAGACGGAACAGGAAAAGAAAGCAUUUCAGAUUGAAUUAAGACAACUGUCACGAGUGUCUCAUCCAAACAUUGUAAAGCUUUAUGGCGCCACUCAAGACAACGGCUUUGUCUCUCUGGUCAUGGAGUACGCAGAGGGAGGAAGUCUUUACAAUGUUCUUCAUUCUGUUCCGAUGUUACCGUACACACUGUCUCACGCUAUCUCAUGGGUGUUGCAGUGCGCCCGCGGCGUCUCAUAUCUGCACGGAAUGCAACCCAAAGCCCUCAUUCAUAGAGACCUCAAACCUCCGAACUUGCUGUUAGUCAGUGGCGGUACUAUACUUAAAAUCUGUGACUUUGGAACUGCUUGUGAUAUUCAUACACAUAUGACUAACAACAAGGGUUCGGCCGCUUGGAUGGCUCCCGAAGUUUUUGAAAGCUGGAAUUACACCGAGAAAUGCGAUGUUUUUAGUUGGGGUAUAAUUUUAUGGGAAGUAUUGGCGCGAAAGAAACCAUUUGAUGAGAUUGGUGGGCCCGCAUUCCGUAUAAUGUGGGCCGUUCAUAGUGGUCAACGACCACCGUUACUUCAAAAAUGUCCAAAAGUUUUUGAAAAUUUAAUGACCAAAUGUUGGGCUAAAGACCCCAACCAAAGGCCUGCAAUGAAAGAGGUCGAAGAAAUUGUGGAACAAAUAUUUAAAUAUUGUUCACAAAACGCCAAUCAACCAAUUAUUAAYUCUCACACUAAUACAAAUCCGUAUUCAUGUGUUGACAACAGUAUAAACUCAACGAACUUUAGUAUAGACCAACAAAUGCAGACACAAUUGGAUGCUCCGCAACAAAUAGUUACUGAACCGCCAGUCCUUAAUAUGAGUGGUACCAAUAUUAUUGAUCCCAACGAUUUACUUCAAAGUAAAAACAAUCCGGCACUAAGUGUACCACCAAAUAUGUCGGGUCUCAUAAAUAAUUCGAGUUAUAAUCAGCAAUUGAAUUAUAUGAAUAAAUCAUUACGAAGGAUCUCUGAGGACCAACCGGCCAAUGCGGCCAUUGACUCGAGUUCGGCACAAUUGAAUACAUUUACUAAAGGACACAAACGAUCCAAUUCUAGUGGAACUCCAGUCACAACAAUGAACAGUACAUCUCAAUCACUUAAUAAGUCGCGUUCAAUAAUUGGUCUCAAUGAUGACCAACCCGUUGCUUCCGGUUCCAGUCAAGCAUUGCAAAAAACAAGUAGCUUUUACACGGGUCGACCAGAUUUACCUAAAUUAGUUGUACCUUCAUUUAGAGAUUCUCCGCCUAUUAGUAGUACCAAUGAUCAACAACAGGUAGCUUCUGUACCAAAGGAUUUUAACGCGUAUUUAGUUUUGGAGUCUGAGUUGCAACCAAUACAACCCGACACCAGUAAUAGAGAAUCAGUUAAAAUAUUUGAAGAACACAAACGCAUGUCUCAAGAAUAUUUACGUAUGAAAAUGGAAGUGACUCUAUUGUCUUCACGAAAGCAGGAAUUAGAAACCUCUAAUAAGACCACCAAUUCAUUAGAAGAUUAUUUGGCGCUUAAACAAGAAAACACUGCUUUAAUACAACUUAAAUCAAAUUUGAUAACUCAGUUAAAUAUGAUUAAACGUAAACAAAGACAACGGGAAGCGGCAGCUGAUGGAGACUGGGUUCUCAUCGACCGCACCGACACUCAAAACAAUCAUUGA